GCACUGACAGUGAACACCACGGGCAGAGACGCUUUUUUUUCUCAUCUGCAGGGGGUUUAGAAGGAGCUGACUUUGAACUGUAAACUGAAACAAAACCAGAUUAAGAUCUAACAGAGUCAGAGCCUGAAUCUUAUCGACCUGUCAAUGUGGAUGGAGAAACAUUUGUCUGCGGGAAAAUAUUUUCAAUACCGGUGUAACAGGCUAGACACAGCCACUCGCACCAGAGUGAGGGCAUUCCACUGCAGUGAAAAACUAUUGCACCGUUCACAGUGGGGAGAAACUGUACCUGCGAUCUGGACAAGGUUUCAACUGCUGACCCCCAGCUGGAGAGAACCAUGGAGAAGCCGUGGAAAUGUGGGGACUGCGGGAAAGGAUUCAAUUACCCAUCCUUGCUGGAAAUUCACCGGCGCAGUCACACCGGGGAGAGGCCGUUCACCUGUUCCUUGUGCGGGAAGGGGUUCACUCAGUCGUCCCACUUGCUGACCCAUCAGCGAGUUCACGCCGAAGAGAGGCUGCUGGAUGGCCCAGACUGUGAGAACAACCUCAAAGGCUCAGACGACCUGCUGAAGCACCAGGCCCCUCAGGCCGAGAGUCAGUUCUGUUGCUCCCACUGCGGGAAGGUGUUCAAGCGGUCGCAGAACCUCGUCGAACACGAGCGCACGCACACUGGGGAGAGGCCGUUCAUCUGCUCGGUGUGCGGGAAGGGAUUCACGCGAUCUUCCCACCUCGCCACCCACCGGCUCGUGCACACAGACAAGAGACCUUUCAAGUGCUCCGAGUGCGAGAAGAGUUACAAGACCACGAGCGACCUGCUGAUACACCAGCGCGUUCACAACGAGGAGAGGCCUUUCCGAUGCUCCGUGUGCGGGAAGGGAUUCACUCUGUUAUCCAGCCUGCAGAAACACCAGCGCUCUCACACAGGGGAGAGGCCGUUCACCUGCCCCUUGUGCAGCAAAUCCUUCAUUUAUUUGACCAGCCUCACUUCCCACCAGCUGGUCCACUCGGAUAAGAGGCCCUUUCAGUGCUCCGAGUGCGAGAAGAGCUUCAAAACCACGAGCGACUUGCUGCGGCACCAGCGGGUUCACACCGGGGAGAAGCCGUUUGCCUGCUCCGACUGCGGCAAGAGGUUCACCCGCUCGUCCCACCUCCUGACCCACCAGCACAUUCACACCGGGGAGAGGCCGUUCUGUUGCUCGGAGUGCGGCAAGGGAUUCACUCAUUCAACCCAUCUGCUGAGGCACCAGCAAAGGCGCACCAUGGAGAAACUGUGGAAAUGUGAGGACUGCGGGGAAGGUUUCAGAGUCCCUUCCCAGCUGGAGGUUCAUCGGCGCACUCACACCGGGGAGAGGCCAUUUGUCUGCCCCACGUGCGACAAAGCGUUCGCUCACUCGUCUAACCUCUGGAGGCACCGGCACAUUCACUCCAAUGGAAAAACGUUCAGGUGUCCAGACUGCGGGAAGAGCUUCCGAAGAGGCAGCGAUCUGCUGAGGCACCGACACGCCCACACCGGGGAGAGACCGUUUGUGUGCUCCGAGUGCGGCAAGGGAUUCGCCGACUCAUCCUACCUGCUGAAGCACGAGCAGAUUCACACCGGGGAGAGGCCGUUCACUUGCCCGCAGUGCGGCAAGCGAUUCUCGCGGUCAUACACGGUGCUGCAACAUCAGCGCACGCACACCGUCACCCGGUUAAUUGGCUCCUGGACAUUAUCCGACUCGAAUAUGGCGUUGAACAACACUGUUCACAGUGAGGAGAAACGGUACCUGUGCUCUGUAUGCGGGCAGGCCUACAGCCGAUGGUCUGGACUGUGGAAACACGAGCACAGUCACACCCUGGGGAAGCCAUGGAAGUGCGACGACUGCGGGAAAGCGUUCGGUUACCCAUCGGACCUGGAGGCUCACCGGCGCUGCCACACCGGGGAGAAGCCGUUCUCCUGCUCGACGUGCGGGAAGGCUUUCGCUGGGUCGUCCACCCUGGUAAUUCACCAGCGGCUUCACACCGGGGAGAGGCCGUUCACCUGCUCCGACUGCGGGAAGAGGUUCACUCGGUCGUCCAACCUACAGGAACACCGGCGGGUUCACACGGGGGAGAGGCCAUUUGCCUGCUCCGACUGUGGGAUGGGAUUUGCCCGUUUGUCCAACCUGAAGAACCACCGACGAGCUCACACCGGGGAGAGGCCGUACUCCUGCUCCGAGUGUGGGAAGGCGUUCACUCGGUCGGUCAACCUGCAAAAACACCAGCAGACCCACGCGAACAAAUAAAUCUUUUCAAGGUCCCAGUGCAGAAAAUGUCACAAGGGUUCCUGGGAACUAAUGUCACAUCAAGUUGUUCUCACUUGAGACUGUUUUCACUGCCCCAGUGGGAUUAGGUGAUCAGCUCAAGUUGCUGUACAUCAACGAAUUCACACAGGGUAGAGAAAUUGCCAUUUCGUAUACUGUCAAGACACCAGUGAGUUCACAAUAAGAUCGUAGAAUGAGAUUUUGCCAUUAGUCACAAAUAGGACUGAACUGUGGUUUUCUGGAGUCUGUUUCGGCUAAUGUUAAGAAAAAUCUCAAGCUUAGUUACGGGAUUAAUAUUAGGAUAAAAGUCAAAUAAAUCAUUUUUUAAACCA